AUGCCUUUAGAUCUACAUAGUUAUCCUUUGAGGAAAAAUAGAAGAGGAAAAAGUGCCUGCUCUCUCUGUCGAAAGAAAAAGGUGAAAUGUGAUGGAAAUUCCCCUUGUUCUACGUGUGUAAAAUAUAAGAAUCAGAGAUGUGAUUUAAUGACAAAUAAGCUACCCCCAAAUAGAAACUUACAAGGCUUAAAACCAAUAAAACCCUAUUCAGUCUUAGAACAGAGUAAAAUAGCACCAGGUACUAAACCUCCUUUGAAUGAGACAAAUAUAAAGUAUUCAGAGUUUUCAACAGAAGCGGAUACGCCUUCCAAAAUCCCUUACGAUCUGCCUCAAGAGACAAUAAAUAUUUUUGAAGAUGGAAAAGUUGUAGGAUCUAGUGGCUAUAAUAGACAGUAUUUUGGUCCGCUUUCUUGGUUUACACUAUUAUUCCUAGAUGAAUAUACAUUGCCAUAUAUUCGUUAUAUCGAAGCCCAUAAAAAAGAUUUCAAAACCGUUAACGAGGAUUUAGAUAUUUAUUCAAAAGAGGGCCGUAAUUUCCAAGAUGCAAAUACACAAACAAGGGUGAACUCGUCACUCCAUAAAGGUACUGGUGCACAGGGGAAAACUAAUAGAUAUCCCGUUUUUGCGUAUAAGCUCCAGGAUGACGAUUUAAUUGAAAGGAUUAAGGCUAUCUUGCCACAAAAAAAGUUAAGUUGGAAAUUACUAGAUUACUUUUUCUUAAAGAUCUAUCCAUUUUUUCCCUUGGUAGACGAAAUUGACUUUAGAAAGCAGUUGGAAAAGAUUAUUGGGAAGAAAGGUUUUGAUGAAGGGCUGAAAGGAUUAACAAUAAGAAAUAAAGUUGAUAUUGCAGUAAUUGGUCUUCUUUUAAUUUUUUUAAGGUUGGCAUAUUUGGCAUUAACAUCAAACCUGGGUGAUAAUAAAAAUAAGGAUGUAGGUGCCAAUCUCGAAAAGGAAUCCUUGGUAUCUAAUGUCAUAGGAAUGGAUACAUUCAAGGUUGCCGAGUGUUGCUUUAAUCUUUUUAAUUAUAAUCAGUGUAAUGAUAUUCAGGUUUUGCAGUUAGCACUCUAUAUUAGAGUUUAUUAUACGUAUGCACCAGAAGAAGGAGACGGACUAGACAACCGGCUUUCACGUACAUUGAAUUCAGCAAUUAUUCAGAUGGCAUAUUCAUUAGGAUUCAGUCGCGAUCCAAGCAAUUUGAGUUAUAAGUUCAACAACGCCAGGUUAGGUAAUUUAAGUAGAAAGAUUUGGCAUUUUAUUAUCUGCUUAGACUAUAACAAUAGCAUUCUAGUUGGAGACCCACUAAUGACUAGUAUUAUCCCUUCUGAUACGAAAUUUCCUUAUUAUAACGAAGGGAAUGAAAAUAGUAUCAAUAAAAGCUCAGAAAGAGAAAUUAUUCAUGUUUUUGAAAAUAUCCAGGGACGAUUAGAGUUAUUGAAAAUAGCCUUUGAUAAUGUUUUCAAUGUAGAAGAAGGAAUGAAUAUAAAUCGACUCUUAGAGUCACUUGUACACUUAGAAUCAUAUUUACAAAAGGGAGAUAUAAUCUCGAAGAAUCAAUCUAGUGUUAUUCAUCUGGUUACGUUGGAAGAUAUGGUCGAAUUGAACGGUAUGCUCGAUAUUAAGUUUUUGAUGACAUCAAUGUAUUUCAAAAUAUUUAUUCAUUAUGAGAAAAAAAAGAAUGAUGGGUUGGUAUGCUUUUAUGCUAAGAAACUUUUAAAAAUUUCGGUUAUAGAUCAGUUUCCAUAUUACCUGAAAAUUUUAGAUGGUACCAUAAAUGCCUUAGAUGAAAUUAGCUUAUUUUAUGUUAUACCAAGUUUGAUACGUCUAGCACAAAAAUAUUUUUUUUGCCUAUCAUUCAUCUUGAUACGUGUAAAAUAUUUUGAGUUCAAAAUGAAAAUAGCAGAGGGUAAUUAUUCAAAUAUACUUAAAAAGGAUUGCCAUUAUCUAAAAGCUCAAACCCUAAUUUCGCUACUUCAAAAGUGCACUCAAUGGAUGUUAGACUGUCUCAAAAAGCUAAGUAUGAAAUACUAUAUAGCUUGGAGACUAUAUAAAGUUCAUAGCCAUGCCCUUUCAGUAAUGUUAUCUGAAAGCUUUUAUUCAGAGAACGAAACAUCAAUUCUAAACCUUUGGGAUUCCUUUAACGAGAAGGCUAUCGAUGAAAUGAUUGAAUUGCUCAACCCAUUAUUCAAUGAGACAGACUUACAUGAAGACCCUUCCUUUCAACAAAAUAUUUUAGAUACAGAAGAGCACAACUAUCAAUUGCCCUUCACCAAAAAUGAUACUACAAUUACUACUGCUACGGAUAUCGAUGAGUUUUGGCUCGACUUGAUGUCAAUGAAAAACGAUUCAGUAAAUCCGGAUUACAACAAUUACUUUGACAUAUUUGAUCCGCUUAAAAAUACAAGUUUAGAAUUGGAUCCUGUAUUGGACUCUGAUUCUAAUUUUAAUUGA